UAAUUAGGCUCGAAUCAUCCUUCCUUCUACCACGAAACAUCACAAAUCGAAGCAAUCAUGAGCGGCUACGGUUACGGUAACAACGACUACCCUCAGCAGGGCCACCAAUCCGGCGGUUCUGCCAACUCGUACUACCAGGGAGCUUCGAACGAGCAGCAAGGCUAUCACACACAAUACCAGCAGCCCCCUCCGCCAUAUGGCAAUGAGGGCCAGCAAGGUUAUGGCGGACCUCAGGGCUAUGGCGGACCUCAGCAGGGCUAUGGCGGACCCCAGCAGGGCUAUGGCGAACCCCAGGAGGGCGAGCGAGGCUUGAUGGGAGCUUUGGCUGGAGGUGCGGCCGGAGCUUUUGGCGGUGCCAAGUUUGGAGGCCAGGCCACCGGCCACGCCAAGACAAGCGGUGUUGUUGGAGCCAUUGUCGGAGCCAUUGCUGGGUCAAAGCUGCAGGACGGCGUCUCAGACUGGCGACAUGAGCGAAAGGAGGAGAAGCACGAGGCACAGAUGUACAAGGAGGAGAAGAGAUACGAGGAGCACAGAUAUGAAGAGGAGCGCCGCCGUCGCGGCUCCCGAAGCCGCUCCCGAAGCCACUCUCGCCGUCGCUCCCGCUCCAGCAGCAGCAGUUCCAGCGGCUCGUCCAAGAAGCAUCACCGCCGCCACUCACGCUCGCGCUCAGGCUCCAGAUCGCGCGGCCACCACGGAAACACCAUCGUUGUCCAGCAGGGAGACACUCUCCGUGCUAUUGCUGCCCGCUAUGGCACCUCGUAUGAGGCGAUUGCCAGACACAAUGGCAUUGACAACCCUGAUCUGAUCUACCCUGGCCAGGUCCUCCGGGUCCCCGAACGUUGGUAAAGUGGUUUUGGAUGCAUCGCCGUGAUGUUGAUGGUGUGUAGACAGAGAAAGAGAAGGUGCAUCUUAAGAUGAAAUCAUGCUGUGCAAAAGAGAUGAUCCCGAACACGUCAACGGGCAAUAACGGAUAGUUGAAAGAGAGUAUAAGACUGAAAUUAAAAGUCAUCUCCAAUAGGAAGAAUCAAAAAUACAAUAGUAUUCAUCAUAUGAAUACCCGAU